AUGGAGGUCAAGAACCCGCGCCGGGUCCUGGCGGUCUCGCUCGUCGACUCGACGCAGCACCUGAGCAGAGUCAUCAAAGACCUGACGGGCUACCACCCGGAACCCGCAUCGACAACCCUCGCCGGCACAACGCACCUCCUCUCCCUCAAGACGAGCUACUACACCGCCGACGUGCCCAUCUGGCUGGACCUCAUCUCGUCGCCCACGGAAUGGUCCGCGUCGUUCCUCUCGCCCGAGGCCAAGGAGGUCCUCACUGUGCUCGGCGGCUUGGCCGUCGUCUUCGCGCUGCCCUUGGCAUCGUCAUCGUCCAGCGCGACAGCGCCCGUUCCUGAUGCUUCGUCGGUGACCCCGACGACGACAACGGCGGCACCUGCGGCACCUGCACCACCGCCCUCGGCAGACGACACCCGCGCGCUCAUUACCGAGGUCGGCAGGGUCGUCCGUGAAGGCCUCGGCGGCUGGGGGUGGGACGGCGUCGGGCUCGGUAUCGGCGUCGGCGACGGCGAUGCGGAGGAGUGGGAGGAGCUCUGCGCCGAGUGGGGGCUCGAGUUCGUCCAGGUCCGAGGAGGAAAGAAGGACGAGGGCAAGAAUGAGUUUGGAGGUUUGUGGCCCCGUGUCUCUGUUGCUUCAACGUCUCCAUUACGCCCCUCUUGUUCCGAGCCCGAGAUGUGCUCCAUGGCGGGGUGA